GAAUUCCAGAGGACGCGGGGAAAGGAGAGGACAGAGCGGCAAUUUCAGUUCUAUUGAUCAGUAACCAAUUUUUUUUGUUGGUUAGGUUGUAUUUUUGGGUUUGAACAACAAUUGGGAUCGUCGUUGUUGGGGAUUAGAAUGAAGGAGGGGAAGGAAAUCGAUGUUUAUAGGGAUACGAGCUUGAGGUAUCUGGGGUACACCAAUGAAGUUGGUGAAGCGUUCAGAAGUCUCAUCCCUAAGUCCAUCGUCUGGUUGAGUUACGCAAUUGCAAGUGGUUAUGUUCUGGCUGAUACCAUACACAAGGGUUCGAGGGAGUAUUCGAAGGAAAGUGGGGAAGGAAAGAAUAAACGAGUGUUGUUGUCAGCAACGGAUACUCUCAUCUGGCAGAGCUUUGCAUCUGUGAUAAUUCCAGGUCUCGUGAUAAACCGAAUUUGCGCUGGUGUUAGAUUUUUGCAAAGACCUGCCACGAGUAUUGUAAUGAAGAGCCCCUGGCUCACCACUGCUGUCGGACUUGCCUCAAUUCCAUUGAUUAUCAGGCCAAUUGAUCGAGCCGUUGAGGAUGCCAUGGAUUUGACCAUCAGACAGUGGAUUGGAUACCAUCCUCAUGAGAACAGAGAGGAUUGACGAUUGUAGAUCGAUUAGAUGUUGUUAUUCAAGACUUUGAAGUUGCUAGAUAAUAGUAAGACUAUUUUUUGAGUCAUUCAAGUGUUACGUCAUCGUCGGUUGGGAUUAUUAAUGAACUUUUUAGUUUAAGGCGUGCCAUUUCGCCCCACGCUGCCCUAUUGUUGAUUAUUAAAAAUUAAAAAUUCACUUUUCAGUUUCGAAAGGGUUAAUUGGAGGCAUUUGAGGCCUUCCCUCUCAUGGUGUGACGUAAUACGUUAAUGACGUUUCACAAUUUUCCUAGUUGUUAAUAAUUAGACAAUAAAUUAGAUAGAAUUGUUGACGUUGACAUCACUAGAUUUUUUUUAUUACCUAGUGUGCAAAACUCUAGUCUAGAAACGAAUUCAUGUAUGAAAUUCCAGAUUAUUUAACGUUAUUAGUAUUCUUAGGAGGAAUUCACGAGAACCAAGUCAAUGAAAGUUAAAAAAUAGUAAAAAGUUAAGCAACAAAUAGAACUCCAUAGAAUGUAUUUUAAAAAAUCGCAUCCUAUUUACUUUUUCUAUAAAGUUUAACGCAAAUACAAUAAAAAUCUCUGGCCAGGUU